UGGCUGAUUAACGAGGUCGGGGCACACUGCCCUGGCCUCGCGAUUGGGGUGACGUGGGAGACCAUGGUCACCCCGUGGGCUUUACCGUCUCUUAUACCGCGUUGGAUUCUCCGUGGUUGCCGCAGAGCCCCUGCCAGCUCAACGCGAUGUAUCUCGGUGGACAUGGCGAAUCCAACGCGGGUAUCUCGUACACCAAAGACAAGCACGGCAAUAUCGGACCAGCCGCUUCAAUCAUCAUGGCCGAGAAGUACGGCGCGAUGGACGUUGAUCAAGGCGAGACGAUCACCUACUGCGGUACCAACUCGAUGGAUACGACUCGCGACACCCCGGCCGACGGCGCGCAGCUCGUCCGCGGAAACAAAGUACUUUUCAAGCACACCGGAAAGAAGUUCAGACCUGUUCGAAAAAGCUCCAAGAACCCUAAACGGGCGAUUCGAUGUCCUGUUACGAAGAGUAGACGUUCCCCUCCGGGCGUCGAUGGCAUUAAUCACGGCCUCGCCUUGAAGGAGAUAUUGCCUCAGUCGACCGAGAGGAUCGUGGGGGUCCGAGGCACCCCCGAAGGUAUCAAGGGUGCAAUCUGGGAGAUGUGCAAGUGUCUCGUCGAUGACUGGCAGAGAGGCACCGGCACCGUCCUCUACAACCCUGUCAUUCGCACUCAAUCCGAUACAACAAACAAAGCUUCGGGUCUUACUUGUCCAAACAACGGACUCGCUGAGGCUUGUGACCCGGCUAGGGACUGGGAUUCCAAGAAGCGCAUGAAGUUCACUCACGGAGAGUCUGCCGCCAAGGGGAUGGGUUAGAAUGGUUCAAACGCUGGUGGUGUUUGGCUGCCAAUCUUGUGAUAGCUUCUUUCACUGGAGCAGUGCCAAGUUCAAUGCUUGAAUCUAUGUUCAAACUCAUGUUUCAAAGGAAGGCAUGUGUCCCAUGAUGAUGUCGAUGAUUAUUUCAGCACAGAUUGUCAGUCUCAUCAUCGACAUCAUCCUCAUGCUACUUGGGUUGUUCUUCGUCGCAUCGAUCUUGGUGGUUAUCGGCCAGGCUCAGGAUCGCCGCAAUCCUGAAAACAACAC